UCCUCUUACUCAUCAUCCUGCCUUCCUUUUGCAUAUAUGCCUGGAAACAAUAAUAUUACAGAUCAGCAUGCACUGCUAGCAUUCAAAUUAAAGCCGGUAUAGUAUCAGAUCCAUUUAAACUCACAGCGUCGUGGAAUGAGUCUACCCCAUUUUGUAAAUGGGUGGGAAUAACAUGCGGUCACAGACAUCAACGAGUUGUCAAAAUGAACUUGACCUCGAGCAAUCUCCAAGGCUCACUGUCUCCCGCAAUUGGGAACCUAAGUUUUCUUAGGGUGAUUUUGCUGAAUAAGAAUGGUUUUACUGGUAGAAUCCCAAGUGAGAUAGGCCAAUUAUCACGCCUACAAAUAUUAAACCUUGCAAACAAUUCACUUUCCUAUGAGAUACCAAACAACAUAUCACAAUGCCGGUUGCUGAAACUACUUCAUUUAGGGGGUAACCAUAAUUUAACAGGCGGACUUCCAGUCGAGUUCCAAUCUUUGUCUAAGCUUCAAAUCAUGUAUGUUUACUUCAAUAAGUUAACAGGAAAGAUACCUCCACAGUAUGGCAACCUCUCCUCACUCAUUGAGUUCUCUAUAGAUGAAAACAAUCUUCAAGGAGUAAUCCCAAAUUCUUUUGGUAAGCUCAACAAGUUGAGGUACAUCUUACUCCGUGGCAACAACCUCUCUGGUAUGCUUCCUAUAUCUCUUUCCAAUCUAUAUAUCAUUUGUGGUAAUUGAACUUCAAAGAAAUCAACUCGAAGGAUGAAUAACACAGUUCCAGUAUUAGAGUUUUUAAGUGUUGCCCACAAUCACUUUAUUAGCCAUAUACCAUUUUGGGUAUCAAGUGCUCCAAGAAUUGAAGUGAUUGAUCUUAGCGACAACCAUUUUACUGGAGAAGUACCUAGUUUUGGAAGCUUAACCAACUUGGAAACCCUUUUGUUAUAUAAAAACGAGCAUCUUGGAAGUGGGACAUCUAGAGACAUGAGAUUAUUUAUAGCAUCACUAACCAAUUGUACUCAUUUGGACUAUCUUGAAUUUAAUGAUUGUAAUUUUGGAGGAGAUCUACCACCAUAUAUUGGUAAUAUCUCAAGUCUCAGGUCUUUAAUCAUGGGAGAUAACCACAUAAUUGGGAGGAUCCCUGUUGAGAUAGGUCAACUCAUCAACUUGGAACGAUUAGGGUUCAUGGGUACCCAGAUGAGUGGAAUUAUUCCAAACACUAUAGGGAAACUUCCGAAUUUGUUUCAAUUGAUCUUUGAGAGGAAUAAAUUGUCAGGAGAAAUUCCAGCUUCAUUAGAAAAUGUAACUUUGUUAAGUAUCCUCAAAUUAGGUUCAAACAAUUUAGAGGGGGUUAUACCAUCAGGUUUAGCCAAAUGCAAGUUCUUACUUGAAAUGGACCUUUCUAAAAACAAUCUCAGGGGAUACAUCCCAAAACAAAUUUUUCAUCCAGGUUCACAACUUGUAUACCUAAACAUCUCACACAACAGUUUUAAAAGCCCUCUUCCUUUAGAACUUGGUGGUUUAAAAAGUUUGACCAUUUUGGACCUCUCAACCAAUAGCUUUUUUGGUGAAAUUCCUCCAACAUUUACUUCUUUCACAAGUAUUGAAACCCUAGACCUUUCUUCUAAUCACAUCACAGGGGAAAUCCCAAGCUUUCUAGCAAACCUUAGUUUGUUAACAUACCUUAACUUGUCAAACAAUUAUCUAGAGGGAGAGGUACCGGUUGGAGGAAUUUUUGGAAACAAUUUUAAUUCUAGUCGAGUUUACCUCGAAGGUAAUAGUAAGCUGUGUGGGGGUGUUAGGGAGUUACAUUUUCCAAAAUGCACCACAAAAGAAGUAUCACAAAAAUCCAGGAUGUCCCUCGGGUUGAAGAUUGGAAUAUGUAUUUCGUGUGGGAUUUUGGCAUCGGGUUUGGUGACUCUCUUCAUAUGGAAUUAUUUGCAUAGAAGAAGAAGAAGAAGAAAGGAGUAUACUUGUUCAUUGGAGAACCAAACAAAAAUCAAGACCAUGCCUAUAGUGCCUUACAACAGCCUACACAAAGCAACCAAUGGUUUCUCACCACAAAAUUUAAUUGGCUCUGGAAAGUUCAGCUUAGUGUACAAAGGCAAUCUAGAUGAACAAGGAAAAGUUGUUGCUAUAAAGGUACUCAAAUUGCAAGUGAAAGGAGCUUCAAAGAGUUUUGUAGCAGAGUAUGAAGCAUUGAGGCAUAUCAGACAUCGGAAUCUAAUAAAGGUUGUAUCGUUGUGCUCCAGCAUUGAUUAUCAAGGCAAUGAUUUCAAGGCAAUUAUUUAUGAGUACAUGGAGGAGGGAAACCUGGAAACCUGGCUGCAUCAGCCUUCAAAAUCAAUCGAUGACAAAAAGACACAUUUGAGCUUGUUGGAAAGAGUAAAUAUUGGAAUUGAUAUAGCUUGUGCACUUGUUUAUCUUCAUGCCGAGUGUGUAACACCUUUAGUUCAUUGCGAUCUCAAGCCAAGCAAUGUUCUAUUGGAUCGUGACUUUGUUGCUCAUGUAAGCGACUUUGGAUUGGCAAGGCUUCUUCCACAGGCUGCACAUUCGAGUUCUAUGGGAAUCAAAGGAACUUUUGGAUAUGCUGCUCCAGAGUAUGGCAUGGGAAGUGAAUUCUCCACAUUCGGUGAUAUGUACAGCUAUGGAGUACUCUUGUUGGAGAUAUUUACUAGAAAAAGUCCGACCGAUGAUAUUUUCAUUGAUGGGCUAAAUCUUCAUGAGUAUGUUAGAAUUUCCAUACCUCAUAGAGUCAUGGAGAUUGCUGAUCCAACACUGUUAUACAGAAAGGAAGACAGUUGGAGUAAGAGCAGCUCUCAGAUUGGGCAUGAUAGAGUUGUUGAAAUACUCCUUUUGGUCUUCAAGAUUGGGAUUGCUUGUUCAGUGGAUUCGCCAAGAGAAAGGAUGGAUGCUUGCACUGCCAUGAAUAAACUGCUGGCAAUCAGAGGCAGCCUUCUAGGACUAGGAGCAUGACAACUAUUCACAUUUAAUUUUAAAGUUUCUACCCUAAACAUUCCAAAU